UUUGAAAUUCCUGCAUGUUCGGCCCAGAUUAAGUCGAGUGUGUCUCAGGAUACACUGUGUGCUCUCCCGGACCUUCCAGGAGAGAGGAGGACGGUGCCACGUCCGACGGCCGCCUGGGCUGGGGGCAGGGUCUGCCGUUCGCCCUUGGCACGACUCCCUGCGACCCAUCCCCGCGCCUCGCCCUCCUCCUCCCUGCUCGAAGAGGUCUCCCUCCUUCGCGGGAUCUGAGUCCCGUCUUCAUUUUUCUCCAAGCCACGUCCUCCCCAAGAAGGGACGAGCCGGGAGCACCAUGCGUUUCGCCUGGACCGUGCUCCUUCUGGGGCCACUGCAGCUCUGUCCCCUUCUCCGCUGUGCCCCGCAGGCCCCGCGCGAGCCACCGGCCGCCCCGGGUGCCUGGCGCCAGACGAUCCAAUGGGAGAACAACGGGCAGGUGUUCAGUCUGCUGAGCCUCGGGGCGCAGUACCAGCCUCAGCGACGCCGCGACCCCAGCGCCGCUGCCCCGAGGCCCGACGGCGACACCGCCUCGCAGCCACGCACGCCCAUUCUGCUGCUGCGCGACAACCGCACCUCGCAUUCUGCCCGUGCGAGGACGCCAAGCCCGUCUGGGGUCGCCGCGGCUCGGCCCCGGCCCGCCGCCCGCCACUGGUUCCAAGCUGGUUUCUCGCCGUCGGGGGCUCGCGAUGGAGCCUCACGGCGUGCGACGAACCGGACUGAGUCGCCACAACCUCCGCAGCUCAGUAAUCUGAGGCCACCCAGCCACGUAGAUCGCAUGGUGGGCGACGACCCCUACAAUCCCUACAAGUACUCCGACGACAACCCCUAUUAUAACUACUAUGACACGUACGAGAGGCCCCGGCCCGGGAGCAGGUACCGACCUGGAUAUGGCACCGGUUACUUCCAGUACGGUCUCCCGGACCUGGUGCCGGACCCCUACUACAUCCAGGCUUCCACGUACGUACAGAAGAUGUCUAUGUACAACCUGAGAUGCGCUGCGGAAGAAAACUGCCUGGCCAGUUCAGCAUAUAGGGCGGAUGUCAGAGACUAUGACCACAGGGUACUGCUACGAUUUCCUCAAAGAGUGAAAAACCAAGGGACAUCUGACUUCUUACCAAGCCGCCCUCGGUAUUCCUGGGAGUGGCACAGCUGCCACCAACAUUACCACAGCAUGGAUGAAUUCAGCCACUACGACCUGCUGGAUGCCAACACACAGAGGAGAGUGGCUGAAGGCCACAAAGCAAGCUUCUGUCUGGAGGACACAUCCUGUGACUAUGGGUACCACAGGCGCUUUGCGUGCACUGCGCACACACAGGGAUUGAGUCCUGGAUGUUAUGAUACCUAUGCUGCAGACAUAGACUGCCAGUGGAUUGAUAUUACAGAUGUACAACCUGGAAACUACAUUCUAAAGGUCAGUGUUAAUCCCAGCUACCUGGUGCCUGAAUCAGACUACAGUAACAAUGUUGUACGCUGUGAUAUUCGCUACACAGGACAUCAUGCCUACGCCUCCGGCUGCACAAUUUCUCCGUAUUAGAAAGAAGUCCACUUCUCAAUGGAUAAAGCAGUACCUGGUGUUUGGACAUAUGAAAACCAUAGAUUAGCUUAAGUAGGAAGGACUUAACAUAUUUUAAAAGACAAACAGAAAACAACAGAGGUUUAGUUUGGAUUCUUUCACAACAAUUCACAUAACUGGAUCUUGAGUGUUUAAAUCAGCAUUAUUUGGAGAAUUUUAAAUACUUACUCAUGUUGUUUUAUGAAUUAACAGUGUUUCAAUUCUAUGGGUACAUAGUAGGCUCUUUCAAAGAACUCUGAAUUUCUUACCUUCUUUUGAAAUUAUAGUGCAAAGAAGAAACUGAUAUUUUAAUGAGUGAGCCACACACAAUUUGAAUUGGUUGUUUUCUAAAGUGCUGAAACCAGUUAAACAAUGAUGAUGAGCUUAUAUUUGCCUCAACUUAGAUUGAAUUUUUAAAAUGUGUUUCUAUUGUGUAAACAGAAAUGGAUACACUUGGUGCUGAGGAAGGGUCAAACAACUAACUAUUGUUGUCAUGAAGUAUAGUUCUACAGCAGAGAGAUGGCGAUAUAUGUAUUCAGAUAGUUAGAUCCCUAUAUAAAAUUAUGUUUACAUUUUAGAGUUACUAGUUAAGUCUCUUUCUGUUAACUGCUUAAUUCCACUCUGACGUGAGUCAACUUGUUUUGGAAUGAAUUAGGUAAUUCCAAAUUCCUGUUUGAUACUUGCUGCUCUGUGCCCCCACGCUGCUUAGUUUUUCUGUGGGCAGAAAUGUCUAAUGUGACAAUCUUCACAUCACCAUUGUGAGGAUUCACAGCAUAGGGAAAUCAUUCCGAUGACAGGUGUGAUCAAUGGAGAGCUAUUAUGGCCUGCAGCAUAUUUUACUGUUAGCCAGAAUUAAGUCACUGCUGGCACAGCAAUUAUACAAUGAGUCUCUAACAUCACAACCAUCUUUCAAAUACUGGAAAACCUUUUUAGAUUUUUUUCAACUCUACUACACUUCUGAAAUGUUCAGCUAUUAAGCGAAAUGUUGGAGAGAAAUAUAUAUAUAGGUCAUCCAUAAUAGAUGACCUACUGAGUGCAAUGCAGGGCCAUCAUCCUAGACUCUUCAGGAAUUAGGUGUACACGUUUUUGUGUAUUUACAAAAUACAGCCCAAAUUAUCAAAGCACAUAGCAUUGUAUACUUGAGAGGUUGGCAAACAAGAGGGAAGCAGGUCCUUUCUGCAAACACAAGGAUCGCGCACCACAACGAGACCGCUGUGACCUUGCUUAAAACUGUGAAACUGUGUGCAGCAGUGAGAUUUGGAGUCUCUUAAAUUCAGAAGGUGCAGAAAGAAGUCAUGUUAGACUUUUGAGCUCCUGGUGCUUAUGCCAAAAUCUUCUUUCAUUGGCCAGCAUUAAAAUCUCAAGUAAGGUAUCUCCUGUGCUAGGACGUGUCAGGUAGACCUUUCUAAGUGAGCUGGAAUCCUGUCUUAUGUGUCGUAGACUUGUAAGAGCAACAGUUACUAAGCAUCAUGCUGUGUACUCAAUGCUGCAGAGCAAGUGGGAGGGGGCAGGGAGGGGCAUUCGCCAGGGGCAGAUAGUGCGGUACACUUAAUUCUCCUCCGCCUGAAAGCACACUUACCCCUAAGCGAAAUCAGAUAGAACUUUGACUGAGCUGGCAUCUGAUUAAUAGGAUUGCUUCUUUGAUGUACCCCUUUUGCCCUAGCUAGCGUUUCCGUUUUAAUACUGUAGAGCGAUCCUUUCAAAUUAUAAUCAUGUUGAUAGAGAUAUUUUAAUAUACGUGCUUUUAAAAACAAAACAAAAACUACUGUCAGUAUGAAUACUGAGCCAGACUGGCAUACGUAGAUUUAACAUCUUGUCUUACUAAGAUUCUUAACUCUAUAAAAAUAAUUUGGCUUUUAGGUAUAUAGGAUAAUCAUUUCAAUGAGACCAAUAUCUCUUUACUCAACAUUAUGUUGGGACAGAAUAAGCCAAGCACUUACCUGCUACACAUCGGAAAGUAAAACAACUGUCCCCAACCUUAGUAAGUAUAAAACUUAGGCUCAUCUUAUUCAUUUUUAACUGCUAAAAGUAUGCCAAUAGAAUUUAAAACCUAAGCACUACUAUUUGUCAUGACCAUAUUUUGUUUUCCAAAAAUUAAGUUAAAAGUUAUUAAUUAUAUGCAUGUAUGUAUUUCUAAUGAUUAAAAUACCUUUCAAAUCCAUGGGAUCUCUGCCUUUUAAAUGUAAUUUGGCCUUUUUGUUUGAUUUUUUUUCCCAUUUAAGUGGCUGUUUAUUUGUAAACAUUUCUUUCCUUUCCACGAUUUAAAAACACUUCCAAUUUUGACUUAAUGUUUCCUAGUUUUACCCCUUGGGCAUCUGUUCUCUGUUUAAUUGGUGUAAAAUAAUGACAAAAAAAAUACCAAAUUAGCCUAACCAAACUCUAAAUUCUUAAAAGUGCUAAGUGAGAAUGACACUAAGAUCAUCAAAGAUUGAAAAGAAGCUGGUCUUUACACUAACAAAGGCAGUGAAGAAAUGGAAGACGGCAUAGUUAAGUCUCCUCUUUGCCCUCUGAAUAAUAUCAUGACAUGUAGACCACAGACUCCAUCUUCAGUGGGACCAUGGUAUAGCUUUCCUAGUUCCAGAAAUUUUUCUUUACCAUUUAUAUAAUAAUUUAAUUACAAUUUCAAUAGAAUUAUUCCUUAAGCACUCUUUGUAAUUGUUGCUCUUUAAAAUAUUAAAUGUCCACAUGUGAGGACAUCAUUCCCUAUAUUCAUUAAAAUUUCCUCCCCAUUGAUCUUUAAUCUUUAGCAGAUGUUAUGAAAAUACUGAAUUCUUAGUCAGGGGACUUUUUUUAGAAAUAAAUUUGCUAACAGUAUAUUAGGUAAUAAAACUACCCACUGUAUGUAUGUUUCAUUUUUUAAUUCACACAGUCAAUAUUUUUUUUAAAACAAAAAAAAAAUCAGUGGUUUAAAUUUUAUUCCCAGCUACCCAAAGUUCUAGCCAACUUUUGAACACAUGUUUUGUUAGCCUUCAAGUUUAAAUGGUGCUGAAUUGUCUUAACUUGAAUGUAAAAAUGGAUUAAGGCUUAGCUCAUGGGACAUAAACAUUUAAUAUAUGACUGCUUGCUUCAUACUAAGGGACAUGUCAUUUGGUGUUAAAUUGUCAUAAUAAAGUUCAGUUUCUCCCA